AUGCUGCACCUAUGCGCGCCGUAUGCAGGCCACAGAGCCUGGAUUCCUCGUUUGCACCACCAGCAGCGGGCCAGCGGCGGGAAGAUGACCGCGCGGUUGCGCGAGCUCUGUUGCCGAUGCCGGCGUCGGCGACCGCGCGUCCGAGGAGUCGAGAGUUGGCGCGCCAGCCCGCUCGGCUUCCCGCCUGCCGCGUCAGCCUCCAGCGGAGCGAGCGCGUCCACACCGAGGCGGCCCGGAGGGCGGCGGCGGGGCGGCAUGCGCGCGCCGAGGCCGCGCAUGCAGCGCCCGAGAUUUUCGGCGGCGCGGCGCGGCGCAGCCCUCGCCCUCCUGGGUGCCGCGGUGGCCUGCUUCGCCCGCGGCGCCGCCUUCACUGCCCCGCCCGGGGCGGCGCUGCGGGCGGCCCGGGCGGUGCGUCCUUCGCUGCGGGAGGACGCCGGCGCCUGCGGGCGGCCAGGCUGCGGCGCGCCCUCGGGUCCGGGCGCGGAGGCCGCGCGAGGCGUGCUGGCCGCACUGGUGGCCCUCGCCGUCGCGGCAGGCGCCAGCCCGGCCGCCUCGGCGAUCUCCGAGACCAGCAACCCCCUUGUCCCAGCGGGGCCGGGCGAUGGCAUCAGGACGACCGGCUCCAGCAAGGACUUGGCAACUGCUGUCGCUGUGCUCGGAGUGGCAGCGGUGGCGCUCAGGCGCUGGGGCGCGGCCCAAGCGCCGGCCGACGCGGGCGAGGGUCCGGAUGAAGAGCUCCUGCCGGAGAAAGCCCCAGGGUCAAGUUCAACCGCGGAACGCUGACACGCCCGUGUUAGUUUGACGAAAGCGGCCCAAAGCGGCCCAGUUUCAAAGCAGGUUCAGAGGGGCUCGAUCCAUCACGGACCCCCUAGAUUGUGAGCCAGAGUAUCGCAUCGCACUGUUCCUGUAGCACCUCUCUCUCUUCCCCUCCAUUCCUUUUGCUUCUUGUGCUUCUCCGCUUCUCUUCU